GCGUGUUUGCUGGUUUGUGCGUUGUUUGCUCGUUUGCCGGCAUUGAGUGUGAUUUUAGCCGUCCGUCGCUGCCCACAUCCGGCCGUAGUCCGGCACAGUUUGCAGAACAAAACAAAUCAUCCUACGGCGAUAGAACGAUGACGAUGCACUGCAGCUAAGAGUCAACUGGAACUACGGUUAUGUCUUUGAAUGUCCCUGCCCCGUCCAAACCAUCUUUCACACAGCAGCGGAGGAGGGGAGCGCGGAACCGUUCAUCAUUCUCGUGACAAAACGAGAAAAUACACAACAGCGAAUCUCAACACCCGCUCAACAUCAGCUAAUCUCGCCAACUUUCCCCCACGAUCCACCACCCAGUGCAUUUAGUGUAUUGCACGUUGUUGUGUUUCACUGCGCUGCGUGAGCGCGACCUAUAGAUACGCAAGAUGCCAGCAACAGCAGCCACCAUCCCAGUGACGGCCGUCAUCGCCAUUGCCGUUACAUUCCUUGCCGUACUGGUUGGCCGGACCGAUGCGACUACAACUUCGCCGGUGCGAGUAAACAAAUGCUGCGAGAAGUUUGAGGUUGUGUACGACGGAAAGUGUACGGUCGCUUCCACCGUAAAUGCUACCGUAUGGAAGCCGGAGUUCAUUGGUCGAAAAGGCGAACGGAACGUGCAGGUCGACAACUAUCGUUUCAUCAUUGGCCUGCCGGACUGUGGCACGAAACAAAAGUUCAACAUCUACGAAUAUCACGACAGCUACGACAAAUUGAUUCUCUUUCCGGACGGUCAGCUACGGCAUCUGAUCCUGCGCCAUCACAGCUCGAUGCAGGGCAGCGUCGGAAGCUAUCUCGACGAGGAUUACAUCGAUGCCGGUGACAGUAAUGUGCCGCUGCUGCAGUACGACUACGAGCAGGGGCUGUACUGUAUGGAUCGCGCUAUCGGAAUCGCCGGCGAGGCCGGCGGCGAACUGAUGGAGGGCUUGAUAGCGAAGGUAUGUUCACCGAAGGAGGAAACGCAUUGGACCGACAGUGAUGUGAUGCUGCGGAAGAUUAUCAACCCGAUCUGCCACGGGAUCGCAAUGAUCAUACUGCUCGUCGUGGCGAUCAUCUACUUCGUGCUGCCGACGCUGCGCGAUCUCGUCGGCAAUAUGGUGACAACGAUCACGAUGUCCUUGAUCGUGAGCCAGGCGGCCGAUCUGGUGCGCAUCUUCACCGAGUUCAGCAAUCACGUGAGCUUCCUGAUUGCGGACCUGUUCUUCUACGUCAGCCUGCUUGGCGCCUUCUUUUGGCUGAAUGCGAUGGGCUACUACAUCUGGAAGAUGUUUCGCACGCGCAACGUUUUUCUGCGGGUCAGCGACGGCCGGAAGUACUGCUGGUACUCGGGGUACGCCUGGGGCUGUACCGGCACGAUGGCGGCCAUUGCCGUGUUUGCUCACUACUUUCUCGACCUGCCCGGAAGCAAUCGCAGCGUGGCUGGUGCGGACACCCACCAAAGCGCACGGGAAAGCUUUUUCGAGGGACAAGACAACAUCAGCUGGCUGGGCAUUGCCGUGUUCUUUACCCCGAUCGCGUUCAUCAUCAUCGUGAACAUAUUCUUCUUCGUCACAACGCUGCGCUUUAUCAAUCGGAUGCACACGUACGGACGGAUUCAUCAUAAGCUACGGUGCAGCUUCGUGAUGUUCACGCUCAUCUUCGCCACCAUGAGCGUCUCCUGGUUGUUUCUCAUACUUUCCUGGCUACACUUUGACGGGCUGCUGUACAUGCACAUAAUCGCGAAUGCGUUACAGGCGCCCUGCAUCCUCUACAUUUGCGUGCUGCGUCAAAAGCAUGUCACAUUCCUAGUGAAAUCGUGCUUCCGCGACCAAGCACCUCAGACGACCGAGUGGGGCGACGAGAUGACAUACAUGAACGGUGGUGAUUACUAGCGUGGUGUGUGUCUUGGGGCGCAUGAUAAAUGUAAAUGCGUACAUCGAUACUAAGCGACCUUUCCAUUAGCCGCGGUGUAACAGUUCGAUUUCAAUCACUCACUCCAUCAAUCGUUGAUGUGAAGAUAAUUCUCAGUAAAAUUGGAGUAGAAUCCCCGUUUUGAUAUUUCAUAUGCA